AUGCCCCGUCAGGCGACAAGCGAGGGUUGGUACAGACCGCUUGCGGCCGUAAUCGCUGCCGUAGUGGCGGUCCUCGUGGCGGUCAUGAGGACGGAGGGGGCGCCGUGCAAGCGAAACCCUCUGCUGGAUCGGGAGGUGGACCCCGCAAACUAUGAGUUCGGCUGCGCGGACAUCAAGAUACCCGCCUUCCACCGCGCAGAACGUACCGAGUUGCGACGAGUGCUAGCAUGCGUGUAUCCAUACUGCUUUUGUGCACGCUUCCCCGUGUUCACGCGGUCUCGAGAGCAUGACGUAGUCCCUUGUCGCAUGACGCUUUGGAACUUACGGAUCAUGCUGGAGGGGAAUAAGAGGCUUGUCGGCAGCGGUAGCGUGCGUGACGUUGUCCUGGUGAAGUACGAGGGACAGACCGUUGUGGUCAAAUCGCUACGGAGAAAGGACGACCCAAAGGUCGAAAAGCACCGCCUCGUGAUGCCCAAGCGGGAAGUGCAUAGCUAG